UGUAAAACUCGAUCGACAAUAAAUACAAGUAGCAGGUAAAAAUCGACUUUUCGAUUAGAUUGAACCAAAACUCGAACAAAAAAGGGGACCCAAAACUCUCUUCCCGAGCAGCAUAAGUGUAACGUGUUUAGAUUCUUAAAUAAAUAGGUUUAGUUUAAUCUAAUAUACGGUAGGUUGCUGCAAAAUAGGUCAGUAUAUCAUCUGAUUAGAUUUAGUUAGGAGCGUGGAACUGUUACGGAUAAUACCUUUAAGUUCAGCAGCAUAAGCAUAUUUUUGUGUACAAAAAAUAUAUUACCUCUUGUUUGUCAACAUUUAUUUCGGGUGAUCGAAAAAUCAACUGAGAUGAGCCAAGCGAAAUCCGUACUUUGCGUGGGCUGCACGGUUAUUGACUUUGUGACCAUCAAUGCCAGUUAUCCCAAGGAGGACACCGAUCGACGUUGCCUGGACGGGUUUUGGCAACGUGGCGGGAACGCCUCGAAUGUCAGCACAGUUCUCCGGGUUCUCGGCUGCAAGGUGGACUUCUUCGGAAUGCUCAGCAAUUCGGAUGCAUUCAAAGUGCUUCUCGAGGACCUCCGUAAGCGCGAAAUCGGCACGAAGAAUUGCCCCCUAACGGACCGGGAUCCGCCCUUCUCUUCGGUUAUCUUGGCCCAGGAUUCCGGUACGCGCACUAUUAUCCACUGCAACAAGGAUUACCCCCAGAGCACUUAUGAAGACUUCAGCAAGAUUGAUCUUUCGGAGUACGGAUGGGUGCACUUCGAGGCUCGCAACACACCGCACACCUUGAAGAUGAUGCAAAGCAUCAGGGAACACAACAAAAGAACUGGUCAGCGCGUCAUAAUCUCGUUGGACUUGGAAACAAGGUACGAGCAGAACCAGGAACUGUGUCAACCCUGCGACUUUGUGGUCUUUUCCAAGGAGCUAGCCGGUCAGUUGGGCUGGAAGACGCCACGGCAAACUUGUGAGGAGCUGGCAGCCAGCAUCUCCGAAAGCGGUCCAAAACCUGUCUUCAUUUGUCCCUGGGGGAGUGCCGGAGCUGGAGCUCUGGAUGACAACGGGAACUACCACGAAAUGGGCUCCUAUAAGCAGGAGAAAGUGGUGGACACGCUGGGCGCAGGAGACAGCUUCAUGGCGGGAUUCAUAUACGCCACUCUGGAGGGUCAGCGAUCUGUUGCGGAUGCCGUGGACUUUGCCAACCGAGUUGCCAGCCACAAAAUCACUGGAUUCGGAUACGACCAUAUUGCACAACUCAGCUUAGACUUAAACUAGUUGAGUAUAACCUUGAUUCUAGCUGACAUUAUUCUUUAAGGUCUCCUCGGAAGAAUUUAUUAACAUUAAACAAGCCUGACGAAAAAAUGUAUAUGUUUAAAAAUAGUUAGCACAUGUCCAGUGUCUAAGAAAAUAUUACUACAUAUCAAGCAAUAUUUUUUUUUAAAUAACUAACAAAUUAAAAACAAAAUCAAAAAAUAUGUAAAGAAGUUUGUAACCUCUGCAAAUAAGGUUGAACCAUAUAAAAGUACAAGUAGUUUCGAAAUAAACAGCGCUUAUGUAUUCUCACAAA